AUGACGUCGCCGGCGCUGAUGACGUCGCCGCCGAUGAUGACGUCGCCGCCGGCGAUGACGUCGCCGCGCAAACCCAAGGCGAAGGGCGCCCCCUACGUCUGCGGCCUUUGCGCCAAAGAAUUCAAGAACGGCUACAACCUCCGGCGCCACCAGGCCACGCACGGCGUCGCCAACGCCGCCAAACGACCCCCGAGACCCUCCCCCACCCCUCCCCCCAUCCCACAAGACCCCGACGACGCCGAGGCGGCCGCGGCGGCGCCGAAGCGAGCGGCUCCUGCGGCGGCGCCGAGGAAGAGCCACGCGUGCGACACGUGCGGCAAAGCGUUCCGGGACGUUUAUCACCUGAAACGUCACCGGUUGUCGCACACGGACGAGCGGCCGUUCCAGUGCCCGGUGUGCCAGCAGAGGUUCAAGAGGAAGGACAGGAUGGCGUCGCACGUCAGGUCGCACCAGGGGCACGUGCACAAACCCUACGCCUGCGGGCAUUGCGGGAAGAGUUUUUCCAGGCCGGAUCACCUGAACAGCCACGUCCGGCAGGUUCACUCCACCGAGCGGCCGUUCAAGUGUCAGCGCUGCGAGGCGGCGUUCGCCACGCGGGAUCGGCUGCGGGCGCACGCGGCGCGGCACCAGGAGAAGGCGCCGUGCCAGGUGUGCGGGAAACUGCUGAGCCCCGCCCACCUGGGGGAGCACCUGAGGGGCCACGCCCACCCCGGCCCCGCCCCCGCCCGCCAGGGACAGCAGGGACAGGCGGCUGCAGGUUCCGCCUGCCCCACCCCACCCCCCGCCCCUCCCCCACCCCUGGACGGGACCCCCGGGGGCAGCCAGGGCUGGUGA